AUGCUGGUUUUCGGGGCAAUAUACUACGUGAAGCGGCCUUUCGGAUGGCAGUCAGCGCAGUGGUACUACAGCAAGGCGUACAUGGGAGCGAUAAUGAGCUACGUAAUUGUAAUUUACAAAACCUACGGGCCACCGCAGAUCAACCUCGAGUUCCUGCACCGGCUGAUGGUGGAUGAGAAUGUCGAGUAUCUGAUGCUGGCCUUUUACUGGCUUACGCAACCGUCGAUGGUUGUCACCCUGUUGCCGUUUGUUGUCUUUUCGCUGUUCCACGUGCUGACUUACCUGCGGUCAACGCUGAUUCCAGCACUCUUCCCCGAUGUGACGGCGGAGCUGCAGCGGUCGCGCACGCCGGCGGCGGAUCAGAGCGUGAGAUUGUCGGCAGCAGCGCGUGCGAGCAAGAUCAUGAACGAUUGGAGCUCCAAGUAUUACACGCCGGCGCUGCGGGAGGUUGGAGUUUGGGAGGUGGCGGUGAUCGGGGCUUGGCUUGUUUUGGGCGCUGUAACGUUCCAGACGCCGCUGCUGGCGCCGCUGUUUUACUUCCAGUUUUUGCGCAUGCGGUAUGCGCUGAGUGCUCCGACGAGGGCGGCAUUCCGUCGUGUGCGGUCGACGCUGGAUUCGGUGUUGACGCCGCCAGGCGCCAGCACCAAAGUGCCGGCUGUUGUCACGGACUCGUACAUCAAGGUCAGAGACUACUUGGUUGCCAUGGGAACCAACAUUUUGAACCCAGUUGCCCAGCAGCAACAGCAGCAGCAGCAGAGGCAGAGAUAG